UUCAGUUGAUGGCGGCUUCCUUCUUGCGGUCACGGCCGUUGUCGCCUUGCAGUCGUCCAGUAGUUGCCUGCCUUCCCGCUGCCGCUGGGCCCGCAGCUCCCAGGUGUGAUCGCGGCGGCUCGCUGUGCCAUAUCCCCGUUCGGUACCCCGGCUGAAGGCCUGCCGGCUGCUCUCUUCCCGGUAGCCUCUCGCAGAGCUGCCGGUUGAGACCUUAUCUGCAGGUUUAUCUGACUAAGAAAAUACCAUGUUUCCAAUCACUUACCAGUAAAGCAUCCUUAAGUAUGGAGAACUUCAUUCUUUAUGAAGAGAUAGGAAGAGGAAACAAGACCAUCGUUUAUAAAGGAAGAAGAAAGGGGACAAUUAAUUUUGUUGCCAUUCUUUGCACUGAUAAAUGCAAAAGAGCUGAAAUAACAAACUGGGUUCGUCUGACUCAUGAAAUCAGACACAAGAACAUAGUGACAUUUCACGAAUGGUAUGAAACAAGCAACCACCUCUGGCUUGUAAUGGAGUUAUGCACAGGUGGUUCACUAGAAUCAGUUAUUGCCCAAGAUGAACAUCUACCUGAAGAUGUAGUGAGAGAAUUUGGUGUAGAUUUGAUUACCGGUUUACACCACAUUCAUAACCUUGGGAUUAUCUUUUGUGAGCUGACACCUGGAAAGAUUCUGCUGGAAGGGCCUGGCACUUUGAAGUUCAGUAACUUUUGCUUGGCUAAAGCAGAUGGAGAAAACUUGGAAGAAUUUUUUGCUUUAGUUGGGUCUGAAGAAACAGGAAGAGAUGUUGAAAGCACUCCACAAAGACACCUGAAAAACAGACUUCGAGGCUCUCCAUUAUACACUGCUCCAGAAGUAAUAAAGGGAGAAGACUUCUCCAAGUCCAGUGAUCUGUGGUCCUUAGGAUGUUUACUUUAUGAAAUGUUCUCAGGAAGACCACCAUUCUUCUCAGAGAACUUUUCAGAAUUAAUUGAAAAGAUUUUAUAUGAAGAUCCACUGCCACCGAGGCCCAAGGAUUCUGCUUUUCAGAAACCUUCUGCAGAGUUCAUCAGCUUACUUGAUGGAUUGCUUCAAAAGGAUCCUCAGAAGAGGCUCAACUGGACAGACAUAUUGCAACAUCCAUUCUGGAAAGACUCCCUUAGCCAUUGUGACGGCGAUUCUUCAGACAGCCAGGGCUCAAGCAAUGAAGACUUGGAGUCAUGGAAUACCAAGGGGCCAGAAGAUGCUUGCAAAAACCUAUCAUCUUCAAGAGCAGAUAAGCUACCAAGCAAUUCUUUCAAAAUAGUAGAAAAUCCGACUGAAUUGCGCCCCAAAAAUGCAGAUGGUGGAUCAAAUGAAUCCAUAUUUCUUCUGAGUUCUCGUCCUACUCCUAGAACCAGCACUGCAGUACAAGUAACUGAUGUUACUAUUGCUCCAAUCCAAAAUUCUCCACAAAAGGAUUCAAGCAUGACAAGGGCUAAAAAUGUGUGCUCAAGUCAGCAGGAUAUGGAGUCAGCAUUGAAAGAGCUCAUUUACACUGAAUCUGAUCUUAUCAUAACGCCAAUCAUUGACAAUCCAAAGAUAAUGAAGCAAGUGCCAGUUAGAUUUGACUCAAAAGCUUUACAUAUACCAGCAUAUUCAGCUGAGAAGUUGUCAUCUCUGAAGGAUGUGGACUGGAAUGACUUCUUGCACCAAGCAUGUUUGUUGCUUGAUUCCACUGAGAAGAAUCCAGGAACAGCACGUUCUAAACUGAAUUUACUGUCUUACCUCUGUACUGUGGCUGGCCACAAGGAAGCUGCAAGCAGGCUAAUUAACUCUCAGCUGUUUCCAGUGUUAAUACAGCAGCUGCGUGCCGCCGCCAACUGGGAUAUACGUGCUAAAGUGGCUCGAGUGAUUGGUUUGCUGGCACUGCACACGUCUGAGCUUGGAGAAAACAUACCUGUGUCUGAGGCAUUUAUAGUUCUAACUGAACUCGUCAGAGAGAACUUCAGAAAUAGCAAAUUGAAACAAUGCCUUUUACCAGCACUUGGGGAGCUUCUUUAUCUUGUAGCCAGCAAGGAGGUAAAAAAAGAGCACCCCAGAGAAUGCUUGGUUGUUCCCUCAGCAGCUUACACUGUGCUAAUGAGGUGUCUUCGGGAAGGGGAAGACCGGACAGUGAACCAUUUGGCAGCAAAGAUAAUCGAAAAUGUUUGCACUACUCUCUCCUGCUAUGCACAAGGAUUUAUUACAGGAGAAAUCGGACCAGUCUUAUGGUACCUUUUCACACAUUCUACCAUAGAUUCUUUGAAAAUAACUGCUGUUUCGGCUUUAUGUAGAAUUACCCGUUAUUCACCCAGUGCUUUCCAGAGUGUCAUUGAGAAGGUGGGAUUAACAGCUGUGCUAAAUUUCUUGCUAACUGGAAUAUGCAAAAUACAGCAGUACCUGCUCACCAUGUUUUCUGCAAUGUUGUCAUGUGGAAUUCAUCUCCAGAGGCUGAUACAAGAAAAGGAGUUUAUGGCUACAAUUAUUCGUUUACUUGAAAGUCCUUCAACUUUCAUUCGAGCAAAAGCAUUUCUGGUCCUGCUGCAAGUUUUAAUAAAUAGCAGAGAAAUGUUGCUUCUCAGUUGUCAAGCAAGGCUUGUGAUGUAUAUUGAAAGAGACAGCAGAAAGACCACAGCAGGAAAAGAGCAGCAAAGCGGCAAUGAAUACCUGUCAAAAUGCCUGGAUCUUCUCAUCCAUCACAUUGUACAAGAGCUGCCAGGAAUUCUAGGUGACAUUCUCAACACCUUAACUAAUGUCUCUGGACGCAAACACCCAUCAACAGUUCAGGCCAAACAGCUGAAGAUGUGCCUUCCCAUGAUGCCUGUAGUGCUUCAUCUUGUGACAUCCCAGGUAUUUCGUCCUCUCAUUGUCACAGAGGAGUUUCUUUUCAACUAUGGGACCUUACUUAAUUUUAUUAGAUCGAUAGAGUCAGGAGAAACAAAUUUGGAUGGAGCAAUAGGUCCAGCUGCAUCAGAAGAACUGAUUAAGAGUACUUUAUCAACGUUUGAAGCAAUAACAUUGCAUCCUGCCUUGUUGACGAUCCAUCACUUGACUGUUGAAGGCUGCAUCCUCCCACCGCUAGUUUCUUUGGUCCACAGUCAGAAUGUGGAAUGGAGACUCUUCAGUUUGCGGUUGCUCUCAGAAACCACAUCACUACUCUUAAACCACAAGGUUAUGGCUGAGGAGAAAGAGGAGAGCCUCGACUCAAACAGGAAGCUUCUGUCUCUCAUUAGAGAUUCAUUGCUGCCUCAGUAUGAGCAUAUCCUGAUGACUCCAGACCCAGUACCACUGUAUGCUCUGAAGCUGUUGGUGGCCCUGACUGAACACAGCCCUUCUUCUGUGAGCCUUGUGGAAGAAAACCAUCUUUUUCCAGUUCUUUUCCAAGUCAUCUUGGUCCCAUAGCUGGUUCCGAGUAGAGGAUAUCUUCACAAAUGGUACAUGGGCAUCCUCCCAUACAUGCUAAGACCAAUAUGGUUUGAAGAAACAUCAUGCAGAGAUGAGCUACAGUGCCAGAAGUGAUCAUAAUGUGUUGUGAUGGCUGGGGACCACGUGGCAACAACGUGCUGCUCCAUGUGAGAGCUGCUUUCUGUAUCUCCUAGGGAAAGUAUGCCACUUGUUUUGUGUUCUUUUUACGCAGAUCAUGAGCUUGGAAUAGUGAAAGAAAUAUUGUAUAGAUAAAACUUGUGUGCAUACAAGCUUUAAACAGACAUGGGAUUACUUCCUUUCUCUAUGUGACCUUGAAAGAAUUAUUGUUGGGAUUUGUUUCUAUUUUUCCAAGUGAUAAGAACUGAUUUUCAUCUGUUCUCGUAGAGGUGCUUGAGUCAAAUACUUUUCACUGAUUUUAACUCAUCUUCUAAGAUUAGAGGUCAGAACAGUAGUAGUUAAAUGUGCCUUUGUGAUAAAUGACAAAACUUGACGAGAAACUGAUUUUCAGGGGAUUUACUAAAUUAUCUGAUUAGUGGGAAGAAUAGGCUUGUUUGGCAGAUUUCUGAGAGAGUUUAGAGAAUUGCUUCCUGUUCCCAUUGCUGACACUUUUUUUUCCUGGUGCUUGGGCGAAUUAUAUAAACCUUCUUUUCCAGUCAGUGUGCUUCUGUCCUUUGUGUGUCAGCUAAGGACAUUUACUCUUAGGAAAACUAUCAGAACUUGGUGCUCGUUCUGAAACUAGGGCUGUUAAGGUGCCAGCAGGGCCUUGUAAGGUUAUGUAUGAAGGCAAGGGCUGCUCUGAAAGUAAUGCCUCCUAUUUUACUAUGUUGGCCCAUGAUGUCAGAAGCAAGUGUUGUUGGGGUGGCAGUAGGGGUUGAACCUUCCCACCAAUCUUCCAUUGCAUUUUGUUACCAUGUAAUAGCUGGCAGCAGGGGGGCAGUCUGACAAGUGGCAUCUGGCAUGGAACUACAUCUGAAGCAAAGGAGUGGGAUUGAAUUAUUUCAUGUGGGGAAAAAUGACACCCAUUGAUGCUUGCUGAGCAUUUAUAGAGACCCUACAGUGGAUGUGUGCACAGUGAGACAAUGGGUGGUGUGUUUCAGCAGUGGUGACAAGCCAUGUUCCAGGCAGAUAUGCAUUUCUGUCACGCUGUAGGGGUGACUAAAUGUGGUAUCACCUUUACAAGCUGGAGUGAAGAUGUCAGUCCAUGCAGUGACAACAUGUGCAUUCCCAUUGAAGAAGUAGUUCAAGGCACAGCCCUCAGAGGGUGAUGUGCACUGUUUUUUUUGGGAUGGUAAAGGUGCAGUCCUUUUGGAUUUCCUGGAACCUAGAUGAACCACCAGCUCUGACUGCUGUAUCAUAAUGCUGACUAAGUUGAAGGUUUGAACUUCUGUAGUCAGACCAGAGAAGAAGAGAACCUUUCUCUUGUAACAUGAUAACAGCAGGGCCCAUAACAGUUUGAAGACCACAGAGCACAGUGCAAUCUUGGCUGUGCUGUCCUUCCACACCGUCUAUUCCAAUUUUGAUGCCUUCUGACAUCCAUCUGUCUGGGCCAAUGAAAGAUGAAUUGUGUGGCAGCCUCAGUGCUUCUACUGCAUCUGUAAAACAGUGAGUUAUUUCCAUUGGUGCAGAUUUUCUGAGUGUGACAUGCAAGCUCUUGUUCAUUGAUGGUGCAAAUGCACAGCUAAUGGUGGUAACUGUUGAAGAAUAGAGUUUUGUAGCUGAGGACUUGCUCAAACAGUGAUAUUGUGCUCUUUGUACCUGUUGUAGUUUCCAUGAAAAUAAUUAGGAAGCAUUACUUUCAGAGCGACCUUGUGGUAUCACUGGAAUGUAGUGCUGAUUAACUAAUUGGACAUUGGAAAGUAUUCAGACAUUGUUAUGAAAAGUACUGUACAAAUUCUAAACAAAAGUGAACAUUCUAUGUUUUACUAUACAUCUGAAUGUAAUACCAUAGGAUUGCUGGUGGAGGAGGGAAAAUAUAUGAUGGGAAGCAGAGUUGUCUUUAAAUCACUCAAUAUUACAGACUGAUUUUGUGAAUAAUAAAAUGGAUUUUAAAAAGGA